AUGUUAUCGGAAAAUGAUAAUGAAACUUGGACACAAACGGAAGAAAAAGUAAAAAUAUUUCUUGAGAAAAAUCUAGGUUUGUUAGGAAGUGACAUUGAACGUGCACAUCGUACUGGGAUUAAAAAAGAUAAUCGUACAAGAUCAAUCGUGAUGAAGUUAAAAAGUUAUAAAGAUAAAAUCAAAAUAUUGAAAGAAACGAAUAGAUUGAAAGGCUCAAAUAUAUAUGUCAAUGAAGAUUAUUCCAAAAUGACAGUUGAUAUCAGAAGAAAGUUGUUUGCAGAAGUUAAAGAACAAUAUCUAAAGGGAGAAAACCUUGCAGUGAGGUAUGACAAAAUUAUUCAUUUAAAAACGCGGUAA